CAGGGAGCGGGGGGGUGCAAGCUUUUCCCGCCCGGGUGGAGUUCCUAUUGCGUUCUCGACUUCAGCUCCUGAGCGUGCAAUGGCUCCGGACUCGGGUCCCUUUCCUGAAGGGCCGCUCUUACGGCUGUUAGCUUUAGACCCUAGGGACCGGGGCACCCAGCGCUGCCGCCUGGGCCCGGCCGCCCUCCGUGCCUUGGGCGCGCGCUUAGGCUCGGCGGUGAAGAUCUCGCUGCCAGAUGGCGGCUCCUGUCUCUGUACAGUUUGGCCGCGACGCGACAGAGCGGACGGCUUUGUGCAGCUGGAUCUGCAGUGCGCGAGCCCCGGGGCGACAGUGGGGGCGUCGGGGACCGCGGGAAACUUCAAUCUGAACCGCUUCCGCCUGGUGCCUUGCCCGCUCCUGCGGCGCCUCACUGUGUGGCCGGUGUUGCGCGAGCGAAUUGGUGCUCCCGGGGCCGCGAGUCAUGCCGACGUGCUGGAGGCGGCGCAGGAGCUGCUGCGGAACAGACCUGUCUCCCGGGGCCACGUGGUGACCGCUCCGCCCGGCACACCCGGCCCUGUGGCUGCCCUUCAUGUUGUCGGCGGGACACCCAGCCCGGAUCCGUCCGGGCUGAUCACCCCUCGCACCCGUAUCGUCCUCGGUGGGGCACCCUUGUCGGAAUCGGAGCAGCGGCCGGAGGUGCCCCUGGGGGGCCUGUCCGAGGCGGCCGACUCGCUGCGAGAGCUCCUCCGCCUGCCGCUCCGCUAUCCUCGCACCUUGGCCGCGCUGGGGCUAGCCGUGCCUCGCGGGGUGCUCCUGGCUGGACCUCCUGGAGUGGGCAAGACCCAGUUGGUGCGGGCCGUGGCCCGGGAAGCGGGCGCCGAACUGCUGGCCGUGAGCGCUCCGGAGCUUCAGGGCGCUCGGCCGGGGGAGACCGAAGAGAAUGUGAGACGGGUCUUCCAGCGCGCCCAGGAGUUGGCCAGCCGCCGGCCCAGCCUCCUCUUCCUAGAUGAAGUGGACGCCCUGUGCCCCCGACGGGGCAGCUCACACGGAGCUCCCGAGAGCCGCGUGGUAGCCCAGGUGUUGACGCUGCUGGACGGCAUCAGCGGGGACCGAGAGGUGGUGGUUGUAGGCGCCACCAGCAGGCCGGACGCACUGGACCCAGCCCUGCGGAGACCAGGGAGAUUUGACCGAGAGGUUAUUAUUGGCACUCCUACGCUUAAGCAAAGAAAGGCAAUUCUGCAAGUGAUUACCUCAAAGAUGCCCAUCUGCAGUCGUGUCAAUUUGGGCCUCCUUGCAGAAAUGACAGUUGGCUACGUUGGUGCAGACCUGACAGCACUCUGUAGAGAGGCUGCCAUGCAUGCCAUGCUUCAUUGCAAUAAGAACCAGGACAAUCCUCUGAUUGAUGAAACAGACUUCCUUGAAGCUUUUAAAAAGAUUCAACCCUCAUCAUUUCGAAGUGUAAUUGGACUGACCGACAUCAAGCCUGUAUGUUGGGAGCAGAUUGGUGGCCUUGAAGAUGUAAAACUGAAGUUAAAACAGAGCAUUGAGUGGCCUCUGAAAUUCCCUCAGGAAUUUGCUAGGAUGGGCCUGACACAACCAAAGGGGGUUCUCCUGUAUGGCCCCCCCGGAUGUGCGAAAACCACUCUGGUGAGGGCUCUGGCCACAAGCUGUCAUUGCUCUUUUGUUUCAGUGAGUGGAGCUGAUCUCUUUUCACCAUUUGUUGGAGAUUCAGAAAAAGUCUUGUCUCAGGUGUUUCGACAAGCAAGAGCAAACACCCCAGCAAUUGUAUUUUUAGAUGAAAUUGAUUCAAUCUUGGGAUCUCGAUCAGCUAGCAAAAGAGGAUGUGAUGUUCAAGAGCGAGUUCUUUCUGUUCUUCUGAAUGAACUGGAUGGUGUUGGACUUAAGACAGUAGAGAGAAGAGGCAGUAAAUUAGAGCAACAGGGUAAAUGCAAGGAGCUGAAAAAAAAUGAAGAGUUAGAAUUUCAAGAUGUUUUUAAUCGAAAUGUCGUGAUUGUUGCAGCAACAAAUAGACCUGAUGUGUUAGACGAUGCCUUGUUACGACCUGGAAGAUUAGAUAAGAUGAUUUAUAUUCCACCUCCAGAUGAAAAGGGAAGGCUUUCUAUUUUGAAAGUCUGUACAAAAAACAUACCAGUGGGGCCUGAUGUUUCUUUAGAAAAGCUAGCAGCAGAAACCUGUUUUUUCUCUGGAGCUGAUCUUAGAAACUUCUGCAAAGAAGCUGCCUUGCUGGCUCUGCAAGAAAAUGGACUAGAAGCAACCACAGUGAAACAAGAGCACUUUCUAAAAUCACUUAAGACUGUAAAACCAUCCUUAAGUUACAAGGACUUCACUUUAUAUGAAAACUUAUUUCAGAAACAAGAAUUUUCUAACUUAGAGGAUAUUUAAAAAUUACUUUAUAUCCCUGUUCAAGGAUUAAUUGAACUUGCCAUAUAAUUUGCAGCUCCACAAUUUAAGAGUAUUUUUUGUGUUUGUUAUUUCAUGUAAAUAAAAAGCUUGUGCUUGAUAAGCUAAUCUUACCUCUAAAAGGUAUACUAAAAUGUAAUUUGGGAAGGAAAUAUGUGUGUGUGUGUUGAUUUUUCUUUUGUGGUAGUUUGUUUUUGGUUGAUUUGGUUGAAAUUUUUAAACUUUAUUUUGAAAUAAUUUAAAACUUAUGGAAAAGUUGCAAGAAUAGUACAAAGAACUCUUGUAUAUUCAUAACCCCAGUUCACCAGUUUCUAACAUUGUACCACAUUUGCUUUACCUGUAUCAAUAUGUCUGUAUCUCUGUCAAUGUGUAUUUCUUACAAAUGAGGGUAUGUUCUUACAUGACCACAGUGCAGUUACCAUAUUCAGGAAUUUUAACAUUGAUAUAAUAUUUUAAUCUAUCAUCCAUGUCCCAAUUUUAUCAAAUGUCCCAAUAAUGUCCUAUAUAGUAAUUUUUUCUUCCCAUUACAGGAUCCAGUCUAUGAUCACUCAUUACAUGUCCCUUUAGCCUCCUUUUAAUCUGAAACAGUUCAUUAGCCUUUCUUUCAUGACCUUGACAUUUUUGAAGAGCAUCGAUUUGUGUUUGUCUGAUGUUCCAUCAUGAUAGAUUCGGGUUCUGUCUCAGCAGUGGAACACUACAUGAGGGGUGCUGCAUUCUUAGUGCAUCACAUCUGGAGGCACAGCGUGUCCUUGUUGGUGAUGUUAAUAUUGAUCACUUGUUUACAAUAUUGUCCAGUUCCUCCAUCAUAUAGCUAGAAUUUUUCCUUUUGUAAUUUUAAGUAAUUUUUAAGGAGAAAGAUUAUGUGUAUAUUUUUGUUUUCCUGUAUUAUAAAAGUAAUUUGGAAUACCAGAAAAUACAGGGAAGCACAAAGAAGAAAACA